AUGGACGAAGAGAAGUUUAACCCUUUUGAAAUCGAAAAAAUCUUAGAUGAUAGAUGGAAAAAAGAAUAUUAUUACAAGCAAAUGUAGACUUUUUCUGUCUUAAAGUUGUAAGUUGAUAUGUUGAACAGGAUUAAUUAAAAAAUACCACCUUUAGAAUAAGAUGAUGAAUAUAGAGAUGUUUUAUUUACCAACACUUUGAAAGAAGAAUAGGCUUUUCCAAAUUACUUUUAUUGGGCAAGAUAGCAUUUAAGCGAGACUAAAGGUAUUGAUGGGUACAGCAAAUAUUCAGAAAUUGUUAAAAAAUGCUAAAGAAGAAAAAUGGAAUUUUGGAAAAAAUAUAGCAAUUAUCCUCCAACAACUGAUGAAAAAGAAUAAACAAAAAAAAUAAUUAGGAAAGUAAAAUGGGAGUAUAAAGGUCCAUCUCUUGCAACAUUCUUUGGAUUAUCAGUUGCAACUAUGUUUUUAUUGAAUAUAGCUAAGGGUUCUCAUCAAUCAAAAGUCAUUUUAGUGUUUUUAGGUUUUUUUUCAGGCAACUUAUAUGCAGACUUUAGAAAUAGUGAAAGUAUUUUUAACAACAUACCACCUCUUCCUGACAAAGAAGCAGAAUUUGAAAGAGAAAAAAUUAUUAAUUAUUGUUUCCCUGUUGAUAUCUAAUUAAUGUCUAAAGCAUUCCUUGAAUGA